AGAAUAUAAAUGCGUCUAUAUUUCCUUGUGUGUGCGUUAGUUGUACAGGUUUAUGGAGUUUCGCAGAUUUCUGAUGUUCGUUUUGGAUUUUUAAAAAGAGAAGCCAUUUUCAACGCAUUAAACCGGGAUGAAAGGUGUGCCUUCAUAGGCUACAAUAUCCGAUUUCCUUCUUUAUUUAAGAGUCAGACAAAUGCCAGGGAGUUUCUGACCUAUGGAUCGCAAAAGGCUGAUCCUAAGCCUUCAGCUGCCAAGAAGAGGACAAAAACAAGACGUAGACCAUCUAAAUUUGGGCAGAAUAAGACAAAAAGCGCCAAGAAUGGUCAGGGAGCUUCGGACAUUACACAGAAAGAAGUGGAAGGAUCAAAAAAGCCCCUGAAAAGCUUACAACAUGAAUCAAACUUUGAUAUUUAUCCCUUGAAGCAUGAAGAGGAUGAUGAUCAGCAGGUUCCUACACUUCCUCCCAGCGAGUUUAGACCCAAGCAAAGUUUGGGUCAAAACUUUAUCACUGACUGGAACAUUAUGGUAAAGAUGUGCAAUUCUCUUGAGUUUGGGCCGGAUCAAGGCACUGCUACUGGAAAACAGGUCGUUGAACUUGGAGCUGGAAUAGGUUCCUUGACUCAGAUUCUCUUGAAGAAGUAUCCUGAAAUGACUGCCAUUGAAAUUGAUGCCAGAGCAAUUAGUCGACUGAGCAGAACUCUACCAGAUUUGGACAUUAUUCACGAUGAUGUGUUACAGGUUUGACUGUUUUCACUUUACAUACCUAGU